AUGUUCAUUUCGUUCUCAUUACUCUUACUUUUAGUGUCUUCUUUUGACACUUCUAAAUUCCGAGGACUAACUGUUUACCAAAUUUUUGUGUCUACAUUUUCUGAUGGAGACGCAUCUGGAUUUCAGAAUGGAUGGGGAUCAACGUCAACAACUUUUUCAGGCAAUUUGCAAGGUAUUAUUACAAAACUUCCAUAUAUCAGUAAUUUAGGAUUUAACGCCAUUUGGAUGACUCCGAUAUUCGACCAAGGAUACAACAACUCUCAAAGUUCGAUCAACAGCAAUUGCAAAAACCACCCCUCGACUGGGUACUUUUCAAACGACUACUUUUCAAUAGACCCACAUUUUGGAACAACCACUGACUUCCAAAAUUUGGUCAAGACUGCACAUGAGAACGGAUUGUUUGUUAUUUUGGACGGUGUGUUUGGUCACUGGAAGUAUCCAGAAUGUUUAUCCGAUAUAAAAGCAUCACCGAACAAUAAAAAGCCGGUUGCGCUUGCAUCUACGAAAAACGUUGCCGAUUACACCAAAAAAGACACCCUCGACUUUUUCGUUGAAGUUGCGAAGUAUUGGAUCAAGAAUUUCGACAUAGAUGGGUGGAGAUUAGACGUGGCCAACGAGAUCAGUUACACUGUCGGUGGUGUUACAACAAACAUGUUGAGUUAUAUCAGAGACGCCGUACACGAAGCCGCUGAGGAAAACAAAAAGUUGAAUAAGAAAUGGGGUACACUCGGCUAUAUUGUUGGUGAAGUUUGGAAAGGGGGUAUCGACGAUUUGUUGAAAUACUACGGCACUUCAGUGGACGACUCCGUUGACUCCUUCUUUGACUUCCCGGGGUACUACGACAUGAUCAAAGUCGUCGCGCAAACUGCCGACAAAGAAACUUCGAGUACUGCGUCCAACAUUUUCACUUCUAUUAACAGAGUGUAUGAAAAGAAGUAUGAAAAUUGGAUGUUCCCCAACUUGAUGAUUGGAAACCAUGACCUUCCACGUAUUGGAAAUUUGGUGAGAAACAGAUGGAAUGUCGCACAAGAUACUGACAAGUACUUUGAAGCUCUGAGAAUGGCUUUUGGAACACAAGCGAUAUUCCCGGGACCAAUUACUGUGUAUUACGGCGAAGAGACUGGUGAUAUUCUUGAGUGUUGGAACCAAAGCGGAGACUGUGGGGCUGCUAAAGACAACUGUGGAAGAACCAAUUUCGUGAAGACGUUUAUUCAAAGAGCGCAAGACGAAAGGGCUAUUGUCGAAAGAGUUAUUAAAUUCAGAACAACACAUCCCUCAAUGUAUAGCAUUAAUGCAGAAAGCACCGUCACACCAUAUUCUAAUUCCGCUUCAUUGUAUGCAAGAAAGUACCUUGGCGAUGACGACUGGAACAAAAAUGUUAUUAUGGCAAUAAACAUGAAGAGCACCGCAGUCGAGUUUGAUGUCGGGACAUUUGCGUGCUUGAGAAACUUGUUCACAAACCAGACAAUGAAAGUCGACAAGAAGAUUACACUCCAAGCAUUCUCAAGUGCUCUUUUCGUUGAUUGUGACCCAAAACAAUCAUCAGAGAGUGGCGUGUCAACUAGUUGGGUCAUGUUCUUUGUCGCUCUUAUAAUGUUAACCAUCUAG